GCAUGAGUCGGCAUGCACAAACAAUGAGUAACCUGACUGGGCUGAGAAUUUUAUAGUAAGGCUGCCGAGAUGAUACCUGCAGUGACACUUAACAAUGGGUCCAAGAUGCCAAUAGUGGGUCUGGGAACAUGGAGGUCAGAACCAGGAAAAGUGACUGAGGCAGUUAAGGUGGCUAUAAGUUGUGGCUACAGACAUAUAGAUGGCGCUUAUGUGUACCAGAAUGAAGAAGAAGUUGGAGCUGGAAUUCAUGCAAUGAUUGAUCAAGGAGUGGUAAAGAGGGAAGACCUAUUCAUUGUGAGCAAGUUAUGGUGCACCUUUCACCUUCCAUCUCUGGUGAGGCCAGCUUGUGAAAAGACUCUCAAGGAUCUGAAGCUGGACUGCCUGGAUCUUUACCUCAUGCAUUUCCCAAUGGGGACCAAGCCAGGGGAUGUCCUUUUUCCUUUAGAUGAGCACGGCCAAGUAAUUCCCGACAACAGCAAUUUUUUGGAAACUUGGGAGGCCAUGGAAAAGCUGGUGGAUGCUGGGUUGGUCAAAGCUAUCGGCAUCUCCAACUUCAACAAAGACCAGACUGAAGCCAUACUCAAAAAGCCCGGUCUCAAGUACAAGCCUGCCAACCACCAGAUCGAGUGCCACCCAUUUCUGACCCAAGAGAAGAUGAUCAACUACUGCCAUUCGAAAGGUAUCACAGUGACAGCGUACAGUCCUCUGGGCUCCCCUGACAGGCCCUGGGCUUCAGCUGAUGAACCCUCUCUGCUGGAGGAACCUAAGAUCAAGGCCAUUGCUCAAAAGUACAAUAAAACUCCGGCACAGGUUCUGAUUAGGUUCCACAUCGAGAGGAAUGUGGUUGUCAUUCCUAAGUCUGUAACACCCCAUCGUGUCAAAGAAAACUUCCAGCUGUUUGACUUCAAGUUGAGCAAAGAUGACAUGAAGGACAUCUUGAGUUUGAACAAGGACUGGAGAGGAUUCAAAUUAGAGUGGGCAUCAAAACACAAAGACUAUCCCCUAAAUGCAGAAUUCUAACUCAGUAUAGUUCACUAUGUUUGGUGUGAAUCCGUUUUUGAAUCUCUUGAAAUUUACAUAUUUCAUGUAUUAUUACACUACUGCUUUUUCAGGCUACCUGAGCUGGAAUAAUUGUUCUUAGUUGCAUAUUUCCUGCAGAAUUAAAGAAUUCACUGAACACUGCAAGCUGUGUAACUUUUAUGCCUCCCCAUAGAACUGAUGACAGCUUCCUGUUGACACAAUAAACACACUUUAUAUC